AUGUGAAGUCAGUGAAGAACGUGCCGUUGUAAGUGUUGAUUACUGGCGGGGUGUAUUACCGUGUAUACCGUAGUAUCUCGUACUGUAGACUCUCGAAUUGCAGGAACGAAGAACCAAGAGUUCGAGACGAAGUUUUUACACGUCGCUUUGUGGUGAAUUUAAAUACCUGAGCAUGGCUUUCCUUCCAACAACCUUCAAUCUCACUGGUCGGGCCUUGAGGUCAACUGCAUAUCUUCCGAACGUAAUACGUAAAGCCCUUUUCUCUCAAACACAACUUAAAGUGGAUGCUAAUCCAGAAGUCAAAUAUAACCAAAUUUUUAUCAAUAACCAAUUUCAAGAUGCUGUAAGUGGUGAUACAUUUCCAACCAUCAAUCCUGCUACAGAGGAAAAAAUUUGCGAUGUUGCUGAGGGUGAUAAGGCUGAUGUUGAUCUAGCAGUCAAAGCAGCUCGAGAUGCAUUCAAACUUGGCAGUCCAUGGAGAACAAUGAAUGCUUCCGAUCGUGGCCAACUGUUAUAUCGGCUUGCUGAUUUAAUUGAAAGAGAUCGAGAAUAUUUAGCUAGUCUUGAAGCGCUUGACAAUGGCAAACCAUGGAAAGAUGCAUAUUCAAUUGAUCUCCAUCUAGCCUUGAGAUGUUACAGAUAUUUUGCUGGUUGGGCAGACAAGAUACAUGGGAAAACUAUUCCUUGUGACGGCGAUUUCUUUGCAUACACACGUCAUGAACCAAUAGGUGUAAUUGGACAAAUUAUUCCAUGGAACUUUCCUUUGUUGAUGCAAGCUUGGAAACUAGGUCCAGCUCUUGCUGCUGGAACAUGUAUUGUUAUGAAACUUGCAGAACAGACUCCAUUAACAGGACUUUACAUUGCAGCAUUAGCUGCUGAGGCGGGAUUUCCUCCUGGAGUUUUAAACGUUGUUCCUGGGUAUGGUCCAACUGCUGGAGCUGCCAUUUCGGAACAUUUGCUGAUAGAUAAGGUUGCCUUCACCGGAUCAACUGAGGUUGGAAAAUUAAUCCAAGAAGCCGCGGGCAGAAGCAACCUGAAGAAUGUCACUCUCGAACUUGGUGGAAAGAGUCCUAGUAUUGUGUUUGCAGACUGUGACAUAGAUAACGCAGUUGAAAUGAAUCAUAUUGGUUUGUUCCUGAAUCAAGGUCAAUGUUGUAUCGCUGGCAGCAGAAUAUUUGUUGAAGAAUCAAUUUAUGACGAAUUCGUUGCAAAGAGUGUUGCUAAAGCUAAAGCAAGAGUUGUCGGUGAUCCAUUUAACGACAAGACAGAUCAAGGACCACAGGUUGAUAAAGAACAAUUCCACAAAAUUCUGGAUUUAAUUGAAAGCGGGAAAAGUGAAGGGGCAAAGUUGGAAUGCGGAGGUGAUCGAAGUUCUGACAAAGGAUAUUUCAUACAGCCUACCGUCUUUACUGAUGUGCAAGAUAACAUGCGCAUUGCAAAAGAAGAGAUCUUUGGUCCAGUUAUGCAAAUAAUGAAAUUUAAAACAAUCGAUGAAGCAAUUGAACGAGCAAAUAACACAACGUAUGGCCUUGGUGCCGGCGUAUUCACCUCUAACCUAGAGAAUGCUAUAAUGACAUCACAUGGAGUCAGGGCUGGACUUAUUUGGGUUAAUUGUUACGACAUUUUUGAUUGUACCAUUCCAUUUGGCGGAUACAAGAUGUCUGGAUCCGGAAGGGAAUUGGGCGAAUAUGGGUUGUCGCAGUAUUCCGAAGUGAAAUCGAUCAUGACCAAGAUUCCACAGAAGAAUUCCUAGAAAGGAGAUUUGUUUGAAUAUAUCUUUUUUCCUCCAUUGACCAUACCAGAAUCUGCAAUUUGUAAUUUUUAGUAUCGUAACAAGUAUGUUGCGCCAGGUAUACAGCAAUGUGCAAUAAUUUAUCAACUAUGUUAAUGUAUUAUUUUAUAAUAUCAGGCUCUAGGAAUUAAAAGUAUUACUUUAAAUACAACGGAUUUUUCGCAUGCCUAUAAAUAGGUGAACACUUAGAUGUAAAUGGCUUGAUUAUUAUUAUUAUUAUUUAUGUUCUUUAAUAAUUGCUA